AUGCGUGACAAAAAAAUAUUGGAAAUGUGCCAAGCUGCGUCCUUGUCAAGCACAAAUAUUUCUCCAACUCAAGAGCAGCAAACUAUGGAUUUUGAAAAAUUAAUAGACCAAGCAGAGAUAGUUUUCGAUAAUACAGACAAUAAUGUGGAUAGCAGAGAAAAUUUAGAGGAACCACGUAGUCCUAAAUCAGAUUUCCUUGAACUACAGAAUAGCACUACAUCACCCGCUUUCGAACUAGCAGUAGCCGAAAAUCUGAACGAUGGUUCUCCUACUACAAGUAUGCCUGAAAAUUUAGACACCAACCAACAUGAAAUAGUGCCAUUUUCUGUACAGAAUGUAAUCCAUGACAUCAGCCUAGAUGCUAUAAAUAAUCACUCAGUAAUAGGUUCCUCAAGUGUGGUUGCCGAUCAAAAUGGUGUUUUAGAAGAGACAAGGGUACAGCGGGAUAUCAUUUCCGCUGAAGAUGCACCUAUUCAUAUAAAUCAAAUUUCAAUGUGUCAUUCCAACAGAAGCUCUUCGACAGUGGAGGACGUAGGAACAAAUCCACCAAUUAUCAUCAACGAAGAACCGAACAAUAAUUUCAGUUCACAGUCUGGGUCCAAACGUAAAAGAAAUAAGGAACUUAGAAUGAAGGGUAUGGCUUAUACAGGAUUUAAGCGACCACGAAAUGAAAAAAGAACGUUUCAAGAUAUAGAAAGAGAAGAGCGGAAACAAGGCGAAAGGUGUAACUCAGAAACCUGUAAGAACAGCUCAAAAAGAAAAUGUAAUAAAAUCAGAGAAGAAGCACGAAAAGAAAUUUUUACAGCUUUUUGGAAGAACCUGAGUUGGGACCAAAGGAAGGUAUAUGUCUGCAACCUUGUUUCAAGACAGGAGACGUCUAGAAAAACAAAAGAUUUGAAUGUUGGUGAUAAGCUUAUACCCGUCUGUAAAAAAAUGUUUUUGGGAACUCUGGGGCUUGAGGAAUGGAGUAUAAAGAGCUGGAUGGAGACAUCGCAUUACGGUACACCUUCCAGUGGAGCAGAAACUAACAGUCGCAGAUUACCCAGAAAAUCCCAAAAUGAUUUAUAA